AUGGAGACUUUGUACCGGGUCCCGUUCUUAGUGCGUGAAUGCACCAACCUGAAGCUGAAGAAGCCUCCCUGGGUGCGUAUGCCAUCAGCCAUGAUGGUGUACACUCUGGUGGUGGUGUCUUACUUCCUCAUUACCAGAGGAAUAGUUUAUAAUGUUAUUGUUGAACCUCCAAGUGCUGGCUCUAUGACCAAUGAACGUGGACAUCAGAGACCAGUAGGUUUCUUGGCCUAUAGAGCAAAUGGACAGUAUAUUAUGGAAAGACUCACAUCCAGCUUCCUGUUCACAAUGGGAGGUUUAGGUUUCAUAAUCCUAGACCGGUCGAAUGCACCAAACAUUCCAAAAUGCAAUAGAUCUCUUCUUCUAUUCAUUGGAUUUGUCUGUGUCCUAUCGAGUUUCUUCAUGGCUCGAGUAUUCAUGAGAAUGAAGCUGCUCGGUGAUCUGAAGGGUUAA